AUGCCGUGGAUGGGGAAGUCGUCUGAUGAUUCAUCCAACACUGGUUUUUCUGUACUGCUGCUACUACUAGCUUCAGUUGAAGUCAUUAACCACGUCACUGUACUCACCGAUGCAGCACUUUGUUUGGUGUGUUCAGUAAAUUCAUUGUCAGCCUGGCUACGCCAGUGCCGGGUGUGCACACGGUGUCAUGGUCAUUGUCAUGGUCAUUGUCAUGGUCAUGAUCAUUGUCAUGAUCAUUGUCAUGGUCAUUGUCAUGGUCAUGGUCAUUGUCAUGGUCAUUGUCAUGGUCAUUGUCAUGGUCAUGGUCAUGGUCAUGGUCAUUGUCAUGGUCAUUGUCAUGGUCAUGGUCAUUGUCAUGGUCAUUGUCAUGGUCAUUGUCAUGGUCAUGGUCAUUGUCAUGGUCAUUGUCAUGGUCAUUGUCAUGGUCAUUGUCAUGGUCAUUGUCAUGGGGUCACAAUAAAAUAA